GUUAAUGUGGUAUAUCUACUCCUUCAUCUUGGUAUAUUUAAGCCGCCUUGCCACGGUCACACUUUCGCCAAUUGCAAAGAUAAAAAGCCAAUAGCCGCCAUGACGACAGCCUUUGAUGCCGCACACACGGAGGGGCCGGGAUUCGUGGGCAUUCGGUUCUGCCAGGAGUGCAACAACAUGCUGUACCCCAAGGAGGACAAGGAGAACAAGAUUCUGCUGUACGCCUGCCGGAAUUGCGAUUACAAGCAGGAGGCGGACUCCAACUGCAUCUACGUGAACAAAAUUAUGCACGAGAUCGACGAGCUGACCCACAUUGUGCCCGACGUGAUCUCCGAUCCCACGUUGCCGCGCACCGAAGACCACGCUUGCCCCAAGUGCUCCCAUCGCGAGGCGGUCUUCUUCCAGGCGCAAACCCGUCGCGCCGAAGAGGAGAUGCGACUGUACUACGUGUGCACCAACCAGAACUGCACCCACCGAUGGACGGAGUAGAAUCUGACGACCCAUCCGCAUCUAAUUGUAGCCCUUAGUAAUCGAAGGCACUUUGCAAUCGCACAUUUGGAAUUCCCCCAUGGCUAUGCCGCAAAAACAUCCCACGUGCAGCUCCAUUCUCGAUUGCCGCCUAAUGAAAUAACAUUCGCACUGAAAAAAAUGCAUGUGCUCCGCAUGACUUUGAAUCAGUUGCAAGACCUUCGAUUUGGUUUGUAUAAAUGUUUAAAGAGCUUAGUCUUUAAAAUAAAUAUAUAAGUUCAUUGCGACGAAGCUUUUGUAUCAUCUAACUAUAUGUUGUCAAAACUAUAAUUAAACUAUAAUUUAAUCAAAGAUCAAAUGUUCAAAUGCAGUUGAGAAAACAACGAAAGUGUUCCGGGUUUAUAAUAAAGUUUAGCCGGUUAAGCUGCAUAUUUAGGCAACAUAAGCUGGAAAACCAGAUUUCAUAGUUAUGAACUUGUAUUCAAAUUUCUACUAUCUAUAUUUUAAUGUGUACUAUAACUUUCAAUGUGUGAAUCGCAACGAAUCUCGCCGAGGCAUGUGCGAAUUCCACGGUUCGCGGCCCGGUGACAAUUCUUCACAUUUAUCAUUGUUCUGCUCCAAUCGAAGCUGACAACAAACAAACUAAAUAAAAAAAAGAACCGAAAGCGA